AUGAUGUCCGAAAUCGCCCAUCCCACUAUCAAAGAUGGCUGGUUCCGCGAGAUCUCGGACAUGUGGCCUGGCCAAGCCAUGAUCCUCAAGGUCAACCAGGUGCUUCACCAUGAGAAAUCUAAAUACCAAGACGUCCUAGUCUUCGAGAGCAGUGACCAUGGCACAGUCCUGGUCCUUGACAAUGUCAUCCAGUGCACCGAGCGGGAUGAGUUUUCUUAUCAAGAGAUGAUCACACAUUUGGCCAUGAACUCUCACCCGGAUCCAAAGAAGGUCCUCGUCAUUGGGGGCGGCGAUGGAGGUGUCCUGCGCGAGGUGGUCAAGCACGAAUCAGUGGAGAAGGCUAUUCUGUGCGAUAUCGACGAAGCUGUCAUCCGCGUCAGCAAGAAAUAUCUCCCUGGAAUGUCCAUUGGGUUUCAACACCCUGCAGUCGAAACCUUUAUCGGAGACGGCUUCAAAUUUCUCGCAGACCGCAAGAACGAAUUCGACGUCAUAAUCACCGACAGUAGUGAUCCCGAGGGCCCUGCAGAGACUCUCUUCCAAAAGCCUUACUUUGAAUUGCUCUACGGGGCAUUGAAAGACGGUGGUGUCAUAACUACCCAAGCCGAAAACCAAUGGCUUCAUUUGCCUCUGAUCACCAAGCUGAAGAAGGAAUGUAAAGAAGUAUUCCCCGUGGUUGAAUACGCUUACACUACGAUCCCUACCUACCCUUCGGGUCAGAUUGGUUUCAUGGUCUGCUGCAAGGACCCCAACCGAAACGUCAAGGAGCCACUGCGAUCCUGGAGCCCCGAGGAAGAAGAGAAACUGUGCAAAUACUACAACAAGGAGAUCCACCGGGCGAGCUUCGUCCUCCCCACGUUCGCCCGAAAGGCAUUGAAGUAG